CCAAAUCUAUGUUUGACCCAAAAAAAAAACCGCAUUUUCUCUCUCUAUUUUCUCCUUCUUCUCUUUCUCUCUCUAAAAUCACCGCCUUUCGCCGCUGUUUACUGCCAGAGAACUUCAGUCACCUUUCUUCUUUUCCCCCUUUUUCCCUCUGAAAAAGCAAAAAAGUUUGCUUUUUUCUUUUAAAAAAUCAAUUUUCUUGUCAAAAAUUCAAUCUUUUUUGCCUUUUGAUUCAUUACAAUCUCAAUGAAUUUACUUCAUUUUAGUUAAAACAGUUAAUUAACUACAAAACCCAUUUCCAGAAAAAUUUCCCCUUUCUUUGAUCCAACGGCGAAGAUUUACCCGUUCAGUCUGUUUAUUUGUCAGCUUUUCUUUUUUUAGUUUAUUUUUGUCUUCUCUACUGAAAAGGCUUAAGAAGUUGAAUUCUGGCAAACUAGGCGUAUGGAGCCUAAUGGGCAUAGAAAGGGUAACAAAAAGAAUUAUGUUACCUUACAAAAUGGCGGUCUUAGCACAUUGAAUAUUGAUGAUGAGUUGGAUCCAUGGACUGCUUGGGCGUACAAACCUCGCACUAUUACGUUGUUGCUUAUUGGUGCAUGUUUACUCAUCCAUUGCCGAGCUUCUUCCUAUUUUCCACAGCCAGUGGCAUACAUGGUUGAAAAGUUUCGCGCUGCCGUAUCUGUGGUCUUACUAAGUUUACGAUUGUGUUGGGCAAGUGGAGCUCUUAAUCCACAAAGCACUCCUUCUGGUGAUCUUGUGGCAUCUGUGAAAAGGGGUGUUUGGGCAAUGAUUGCAGUGUACCUUGCUUACUCUCUGCUGCAAGCCCCCUCAACGGUGCUCAUUAGGCCACAUCCUGCCAUUUGGCGCCUGGUUCAUGGAAUGGCUGUCAUUUACCUUGUCGCUUUGACGUUUUUGCUUUUUCAGAAGCGGGAUGAUGCUCGGCAAUUUAUGAGAUAUCUGCAUCCUGAUCUUGGUAUUGAGCUUCCUGAAAGAUCCUACGGUGCUGAUUGCAGAAUAUAUGUACCUGAAAAUCCCACAAACAGGUUUAAGAAUCUUUAUGACACACUGUUUGAUGAGUUUGUUUUGGCUCAUAUCAUAGGGUGGUGGGGAAAGGCCAUCAUGAUUCGUAAUCAACCUCUUUUGUGGGUUCUAUCCAUUGGAUUCGAGUUGAUGGAGCUUACCUUCCGCCACAUGUUACCAAACUUCAAUGAAUGCUGGUGGGACAGCAUUAUUCUUGACAUAUUGAUCUGCAACUGGUUUGGCAUAUCGGCUGGAAUGCGUACUGUUCGGUAUUUUGAUGGAAGAACAUAUGAGUGGGUUGGUAUAAGCCGACAGCCAAAUAUCAUGGGCAAGGUCAAGCGAACACUUGGCCAGUUUACUCCAGCACAUUGGGAUAAGGAUGAAUGGCAUCCCCUUUUAGGUCCAUGGCGAUUUAUUCAAGUCCUUACUCUCUGUGUUAUAUUCUUGACCGUAGAAUUAAACACAUUCUUCUUGAAGUUCUGUCUUUGGAUUCCUCCGAGAAACCCUCUGAUAGUGUAUAGGUUGGUUUUCUGGUGGUUAAUUGCAUUACCGACAAUCCGCGAGUAUAAUUCUUAUUUACAGGACAGAAAACCGGUGAAAAAGGUGGGAGCAUUUUGCUGGCUUUCACUGGCGAUCUGCAUUGUUGAGCUCCUAAUUUGCAUCAAGUUUGGACAUGGAUUAUUUCCCAACCCAAUGCCCAAAUGGGUGGUAAUUUGCUGGUCAUGUAUUGGUACCGUCUUUGUGAUAUCUCUUGCUGCGUGGUCGUGCCAUUUACAUAGAACAAUGAGGAGAAAGCGCGACUAAGUUUACCUUUGUAGUUCAUCAUUCUUUGCGUUCUUUUGGGUAGAAUCAACCAUGUUGUAAAUACCCAUUACCUUGUAACUGUAUAUGCUUUGUUAUUUUUAGGUUAGAUGUUACAGUUUAAACAUUUAGUGAAUCUCAAUUCUCAAUUCUUUUCAAUAGGUUAAAGGUCAGUAGAUGUCUUGUUUAUUGAGUUGCAAUAUUGCUGCCUCGAUUUUGCAGGCAAUUUUUCGCGUUUAUACAGAGUGUUGAAGUAUUAUCA